AUGAGGACUCGUGUGCCCCGCGGUUUCUUCGAGCCCCAGAUGAAGCAGUACUUCUCGCAAUUCGGCAAGGUCAACCGGUUACGCUUGUCACGCAACAAGAAGACUGGUGCUUCCAAGCACUUCGCUUUCGUCGAGUUCCAGUCCGAAGAAGUUGCUGACAUCGUCGCACGAACAAUGAACAACUACCUACUGUUCGGUCACAUCCUUAAGGUUCACCUUAUUCCUGCUGAGCAGGUACACCCCGACCUCUUCAAGGGUGCCAACGAGCGGUUCAAGGUCGACCCUCGCAACAAGAAGGCCGGUCUCGAGAUGGAGCGCGGUGUUGAGCGUGCGCAGUGGGAGAAGCGCGUGGAGAACGAGAACAAGCGAAGGACAAGCAAGGCUAAGCAGCUCAAGGAGGUCUUUGAUUACGAGUUCGAAGCACCGGCGCUCAAGACUGUCGACAGCGUCCCUAAGCACACCACCAUCACUACGCUCGAGGCCGCAAAGCCCCAAGAGCUUCUUACUCAGGCGGCUACUGAGGAGACCACAGCUGCUGAGCUCCCCAAGGCAAAGAAGGGCAAGAAGGGCGCCAAGGCUCAAGCAGCACCACCACCUGCAGAGGUUGCUGAGGUCACAGAGGUAGUCGAGGCUGUCUCACCUGCGCCAGCAAAGAAGGGCAAGAAGGGUGCAAAGGCCAAGCCUGCUGAGGCAGCUGAGGUCAUGGUGGAGGAGGUUGCCGCGCCUGCCCCAGAGAAGAAGACCAGGAAGCGCAAGUCGGAUGUCACGGUCGAGACUACUACCGUCACCGAGGAGGCCGUCCCAGAAGUAACGCCCGGGAGCAAGCGAACCAAGAAGGAGAAGGUCGUCGUCGAGCCCAUCGUCGAGGAGGUCGAGGAGAAGAAGACCGCUGCCAAGCCUAAGAAGGCCAAGAAGGCGAAGGCAUAA